AUGGAGGCGUCGGGAGGUGUGCGGAAAUUUCCGCGGCCCGGCACCCCUCAUGGCGACAUUCUGUCAAAGAGCCUCUCCCGGCGCUCCCUCAGGGCACCACUCGCGAGUUUGAAAUGCAGUCAGAGUCGGCAGGAGCAGAACUACACCACCCUGCGGCCACCUCUGACUGAGCGUGAGAAUCUUGGAUUGUUUGCACGGAAUACCGCCAGCGUUGGGCCGAAAGGGACCGUGACGGCGCGGCGCUGCAUUCCAUCCAAGUCCACUGCAACGCUGCCGGCCAACAGGCUCAAGCUGAGGCCACCUGUUACUCUCGAGCAGGGCGAGGCAGUGAUGUCGCCAUUUCCACCAAGUAAGUAACAAUUCUGGUGGGAUUAUCAUCGACUGUGUGCGGCUGCAGCAAUUCAGUUUGGGAGCCGGACGCCGAGGGGCGAGGAGUUGCCGGUGGCGCCCUUGCUGACCAGGCAGCCGAUGGAUGACAAGGUGGAGAGCAUGCAGAUAGGCACUAUGAGAUUCGCCGAUAGCAUCGGCCAGACCAACAUGAUGGCGUCGGCCUACCUGCCGCAAGUGUUCUACCGGACAGAGCACUCUGAGGCCAACACACUGCGAGAGCGAUCGGUGGGACCGCUGCUGAAGGGGGUCUACACACACAGCAACUUCGAUUAUCGCGGGAGGUAUUUGCAAUGCAACCAACAUUCGUGGCGGAUUGAUGUCUGUCUCAUUUGUCCAUUCGUCCCGUUCCAUCCAGAGCGGGAGUUGGGAUGACUGAUUAUGAUGAUAGAAUGGGCGUCAACUUUCGCAAUCAGACAGUACGUAAGAGGGCGUCCAGUCCAGGCACAUGUGGAAAGCACAGAGAGACGUCUAUGCCUCCCUCGUAGGUGUCGCCCAACUCGCACGAGUACAGCGAUUACGACAAAGGCCUGCGUGUGUACACCCCCAAGGUCGUCUCGCCUCGUGAGAAGCUGCUGCCGCCUCCAUACACCAGGCCAUACACAACGCAGCCGUUAUACCGAGGCGGGUACGAUGAGAUCAGCAGGGCAGAGGCGCCCCUGGCGGGUGCGAGCACGGGCCGAUACUACGGAUACAGCGGGGGGAGGGGCAUCGAUGCCUAUCAAACUGGCACUGCUGCUGAUGGUUCUGCCAUCCGCCAAGACGCAGCACAGUGUGUGCAUCCAUUUGUCUGUCUGUCUGUCUGCCUGUGUACAUGCAGCUUCAGUGGGCUUUGUUGAGCGUCCUGCUGUUGGUGUGCCUUUUCCACUGCCGAUGCGCGAAGGCCAGGCCAUUGCUGUGGGAGAGCUGUACGGGCCACCUGACCGACUGGGUACGAGACAUUGAUCCACAUGUCUCUCAGCCUCACGGUCUCUCGUUCCUUGUCAGUGUGGGGCGGCCCAAGUGAGUCAUCCCGUGUGUCCAUGCCAUUCGGUUCCGUUGCCAAUCGCCCAGGGGCCCACAUGCUGCCUGCUGGCGUCACAUGGACGAGAAGAGAGGGCGUUUGGAGGCCCACACCGAGCCAGAAAGGUGCCAGGGUGGCCCCCACGUCUGCUCAGGGAUACCUGGAUGACGUCGUGCAAGCCACUCGCAGGACAUAUUACGGCACUCCUGCAGUGCCUGACACGAGCGGCUUGGUGGCCCCGACACCUAUUGACCCCCCAAACCCGACAUACAGACUCAGGGGCGUGCCAGAGACCACACGGUACGGUGGGUAGACGAGAGAGAACGACACUGCUUCACAUGUGCUUCUGGUCCUUAUCCAUCCAUCGACGUAUCAUACAUUGGUCACACAGGCGCAUCCGCAAGUUUGCGUCUCUGGCGCGGUUCCCUCCCCCUCCGCAUGGUGGAGCCAAUUUGGGAACACUCAUCUGCGGAGAGGACCUGCCCGACGACCUGUUCGGGCCGAGACAGCAGAGGAGACAGGUGAGUGAGGGUACGUCCAGGGAAGAGGCACGUCGUAUGCAUCCCUGGUUGGUUGACUCUCUGUCUCUGUCCUUGCUUGGUGGUGUCAGUAUCCUGACACCAGGCCGUUCCACCUCUAGCAAAAGCCCACACGGCUAAGCCUGCCUGCCUGCCUCCCUAUGUGUUUGGCGAAACGUCGGUCUGUGUCAUUGGUCCGUGACUGCCAUGAUUUCAUCAUGUGUGACUGAGCCUUUAGGCCUUCGGACUUCGGAUCUGCACCGAUAUGUGUGUGUCAGUCAGCAAACAUAAAGAAGCUGUUGAUUGUUGGGGAAAUGAUGUGUCGGCCCGCAGAUGGAUAACCUGGCUGUGCC